GGGGGUGUGAAUGAGCUGAGACUCACGGCUGGUUAAAGAGCUGGUGACAAACACGCAAAACGCUGAGGAACAAUCUGGCGGACUCUCACUCGAGCACCUUAGAUUUCUCAGCAGCUUAUCCUCGAAAGUAACGGGAAACUCUGUGAUUUGAGGAGAAACCGAAAAGUGGAAAAACAAAUGGUUUAAAGCUGAAUGUUCGCGGAACCGGACGGAUCUUUUGCAAUGACUGCUACUGCUCCUGCUGCUGCUGCACGGGCCGUGGAGAUACAAAAGAACGAGAAUGACAGCACAAGUCAAAGAGACGACGCGCCACAAAGGAAGGCAAAGCAGGACUUGUGUGUGCAAAGAAGCGGUGCCCUAGAUUUGUAAAACAUCUGAGUUAUUCUGUCGUCCAUGCUCCUUUAAUGUUGUUUGGGGCAGCAGUUCCUCAUCCCGCACCUGGAAAAACAAAGAGAAAGCAUUCUCUGGCAGUGCAUCUCCGUGCGUAAAUGGAGAGACAUAUGUGCGUAUUCGCGGUGCUCUUUCCUUUGUGCUUACAAUAAAUUAUUCUUGUUUUGUCAUUCAUGUCCUGUCCCAUGACCACAUUAUUAUAGAUGCAUUAUAGACUUCCUCAUACUUCAUAUCUGCCAUGAGUGAUGGCGAUGCCUGCAGAAGCUUGCAGUACCGGUGCGCAGAGUAGCACUUAUGAAAGAAGCUUCAGCGCACCGGAUCGCAAUGGUUAUGUGAAAACAUGUGUCAUUCCACUGUGCCGAGACCGACACUAUGAGUCGUGGGUGAGACUAAUGUUCACAAAAAUAUGGAGUUCCCAAAGACUCCGGAAUGCGGUGUGUGUAGGGUCGCUUUCGGUUUUUCUCGCUCUGUUGGUCAAAUGUGCAGACUGGAAAGCUGAUGCCAGCAACAGCGCUGACAACAGACUCUCGCAUUCAUCGUCUCCCCUUCACUUCGUUUCAGGCUGCGCAGCAGAGCUGUUGCAAACUUGCUGGAGUGUGGUUUCGCCAUUGUUCACCCUUGUAUGUGCCUUCUUUUGGGUCGGUGUGUACUUAAUCCGUUGCGGGGUUCUAAUCCAGACCGCCAUCUCCCUCCUAACCUUGUGCCACCUGGGCGAAGUAGCGGCGUGGUCUCUUCUUGAUGGGACAGAUGAGCAGCUGUUUUCAUUCACGACAGCGGCCGUGGUUGUGCUCAUCUGCGUGGCCACCGGCGCACUCAUGGUAGUACGGUUGAAUCAGGGCAUAUCGGUGAUCGUUUUCAUCAACAUAGUCAGGACUAUCUCACUCUUCUCUCUGCACAAAGUGCGGGCCACUUGGAGACCAUACGUAGCGUACCUGGUUGGAGUGCUGGGCAUCCUGCUGGCGAGGUAUGCUGACAAGCUCCUUCCUAACCAAGGCAGACACAAGGAGGGCUGCACCCCUGUGACUGAAGCCAGGGAAGAGAUCCCUGUAUUUAAAAGGCGCAGGAGGUCCAGUUCUGUGAUAGCCUCAGACAUGGCACACAGUCAGUCCAACAGUAAGUCACAUCGCCGGACCUCUCUGCCAUGCAUCCAAAGAGACCAGAUGCUCCCCCGUUCCGAUUGGGACCACAAGAGAGGCUCCCGAGGAUCACAGUCAUCAGGCACAACUGUCAUGGUGGACAUAGCAGUGAUGGGAGAAGCCCAUGGACUAAUUACAGACCUGCUGGCUGACCCCUCUCUUCCACCCAACACCUGCACCUCACUGCGGGCCGUCAGCAACAUGCUUACCACGCAGCUCACUUUCCAGCCGCUGCACCGGCCACGCCCUGCCCCCUUGCAUAACCCCAGCGAUGCCUACACCUGCUCCGACUCAGAGGAGGGGCCCGAGAAAGGAGAGAAGACAUCAAUCCACAAGCGUCUGAGGCGGAGUCUCCACCCCGGCCUCCUGAGGAGGAUCUCUUCCACGUGGACCACCACCACAUCUGCCACAGGACUGCCCACGAUUGAGCCAGGGCCUGUCCGAAGGGACCGCAGUGCCAGCAUCAAACCCUACCAUGAAACGCUCACGUGCAGUUGUGGGAGACCAUACAUCAGACUGAGCCAUGGGGACGGCUCUAUAGACAAGGGAGACAGGAUACCACGUUCAGCGGAGGACCAAGUGGUUGUGUCAUCAGACUAUGACAGCACCCACGAAACCAACCACAGCGACAGCAGUGAUGUAGCACAUACAGAGGACAGCACAGAGGAAGGAAAAAACUCAUCCCAGAAUGUAAUCCUCCAUGCACUAAUACCUCCUGAGGACAAACCAAUCUUGGCACCAGAGCCUUUAAUAAUGGAGGAUCUGGAACCUCUGAUGAGUCACCUAAACAAUUGGAACUUCCCCAUCUUCAGUUUGAUGGAGAAGACCAAUGGGAAAUGUGGACGAAUCCUCAGUCAGGUGUCUUACAGGCUCUUUGAGGACACUGGCCUGUUUGAGACCUUUAAGAUCCCUGUAAAAGAAUUCAUGAACUACUUCCAUGCCCUCGAGAAUGGUUACAGAGACAUACCAUAUCACAACAGGGUCCAUGCCACAGAUGUGCUUCAUGCAGUCUGGUACCUCACAACGCAGCCUGUGCCUGGCCUGCCCAGCCUCAUUACUGACCACGGCUCUGCCAGUGACUCAGACUCCGACAGUGGAAUAACACACAGUCAUAUGGGCUUCCUGGUUUCAAAGACCUACACCGUGUCAGAAGACGGUUAUGGCUGCUUGUCGGGCCUCAUACCUGCUCUGGAGCUCAUGGCCCUUUACGUGGCUGCUGCAAUGCACGAUUAUGAUCACCCAGGUCGGACAAACGCUUUCCUCGUGGCCACCAGCGCCCCACAGGCAGUGCUCUACAAUGACCGCUCAGUUCUGGAAAACCACCACGCUGCAGCAGCCUGGAACCUCUUCUUGUCACAGCCAGAAUACAACUUCCUGGUCAAUCUGGACCAUGUGGAGUUCAAACGUUUCCGUUUCCUGGUCAUUGAGGCCAUACUGGCCACUGAUCUGAAGAAGCAUUUUGACUUCCUAGCUGAGUUCAAUGCCAAGGUAGGUGAUGAUCCAUCUACAGGUAUCGAUUGGUCUAAUGAGAAUGACAGGUUGCUGGUCUGCCAGAUGUGCAUCAAACUCGCUGAUAUAAAUGGGCCUCUGAAGUGCAAGGAGCUACAUCUGCAGUGGACAGAAGGCAUUGUCAAUGAAUUCUAUGAACAGGGUGAUGAGGAGUCCAGCCUUGGCCUUCCUAUCAGCCCCUUCAUGGAUCGAGCAGCCCCGCAGCUGGCCAAACUCCAGGAAUCGUUCAUCACCCACAUUGUUGGACCCUUGUGUAACUCGUAUGACUCGGCCAGCCUCAUGCCUGGACGAUGGGUGGAACCCAACCAGGAGGAGAGGGGCUCAGAGAUCGGGGAGAAUGAGGAGGAGGAUGAGGAGGAUACUGCAGAGGAAGACACAUCCACCUGCUCCGAAGCAUCCCAGAAAGCAGCUUCCAAGAAGAGGAGGAAAGUCUUCUGCCAGAUCACCCAGCACCUGCUGGAGAACCACGAGAUGUGGAAAAAGGUGAUUGCAGAAGAGAACCAAAAACAGGGGCAAGGAGCAGAGUCUGUCCAUUUAAACAAUGUAGCUGAACCUAUUCUUGCUAUUCAUGAAGAAGAAGAGGAGUCAGGUAGCAGAGAGGAGCUGAUAGAAGGAGAAGAUCCAGAGGAGGAACUGGAGGAACCAGAGUGGCCCGUGUCUCUGAGAGAAGACUCUAAACCUCCAGAGCAACUAGAGCAGGGGGACCCACAAUGAAAUAACACAUGGGAAAUAAGGCAUCAGUCAGGACAAGGACAUGAAGAAGUAUUACUUUGUUUCCUAUAAACUGACUCCUGUUUUUGCCAGCACAUCACUUAGACACAACACUGUAGAUGUUUGGGAAAUGUGUGCCUAUAAAGAAAAAAACAGGGUGGCAAAAUAUGUGCUUUACACAUUUUAUCUGAAUAUUUGUUUCACCAAACAGUUAAAGCUUUCCAUAUUGCAAUACGGGACUAUUCAUGUACUUUGGGAUACAGACUCUUUUGCUACUGUCAAAAGAAGAGGAAGCCUGGUGGCACAAGCUUCAACCCAUUGUGGUAACAUGGGACUCCAGAAAUUUGCUGUCAGUUUAUACAUAAUUACUUCCUGAAUGCAGUUAUAUAUAGACAUCACAGUUACGUGAACUUGUGUUUCAGUUUUAGCAUUUUGGAGCUCUCCCACAGUAUGUUUUUUUUUCUAUAUAUGGAUUAUAAAGGGAGUCAAAGAAAUGAGGAACACUGGUGUUUGCCAAAAUGAAUUACUCACUCAUCAAAUAUUUACACAUAUUAUGUUUUACAUUUGUUGCCAAAUGAAGUACUUUAUAUACGGUUUUAGUUUAACUCAGAGACCUGAGGCUCUUCACGCUAUGCGUGUGUGUCCAUUUGUGAGUACUCCAUUGUGCGUGCCUGUGUGUUUGAAUUAAUGUGCUCAUGUGCACAAUUCUUCUGCAGAUGACAUAGAUGAAUUCACCAAGUUUCUUCUUAUUUGUAAGGCAUUACUUUCCCAAAUACUGUAUUCUAGAGACCUGCACUGGCAUCAUUGAGCUGUUUGAAAAUGGUCUGUGUUGAAUUAAAACAAUAGUAAUGGGCAGAAUCUACACAAACUCUACCAAA